AUGUCGCCGCAAAACAUCCAGCACACGCUGGAAAUGGCCAACUCGAUCCCAAUCCCGCAACUUGGUUUCGGGGUCUACCAGUCUCCCGAAUCAGUCUGCACCAAAUCUUGUCUGACAGCCCUUCAAAGCGGGUAUCGUCAUCUUGACACUGCACAGUACUAUGGUAAUGAGGUGCAAGUUGGUCAAGCAGUCCGGCAGUCAGGCCUUCCUCGAGAGGAAAUUUUCCUGACGACCAAAGUGCUGGUGGCCGAAGACUCUGUCGAGAAGACGCUUGAGAAAUGCAUCGACAGCGUGUCAAAAUUGGAUCCAGCCAGUGGCUACGUGGAUCUUUUUCUGAUCCACAGCCCCAAUGCCGGUGCCGAAAAAAGAAAAAUUAUGUGGCAGGCUCUCGAGAAGCUGCAGGAGUUGGGAAAGACGAAAAGCAUUGGUGUGAGCAAUUUCGGCAUCAAGCACAUCGAGGAGCUAAAAGAAUAUGCUACCGUGUGGCCACCACAUGUGAAUCAGAUUGAGCUUCAUCCUUGGCUGCAACAACGGGAGAUUGUGGACUGGUGCCACCACCACGGGGUGAUCGUCGAGGCAUACUGCCCCCUCGUGCGCAACAUGAAGGCUGAAGACCCGACUCUGGUUCAAGUCGCUCAGAAGCACUCUGUUUCCGUCAAUCAGGUACUGAUCCGGUACAGUCUGCAGAAAGGGUGGGUGCCGCUCCCCAAGAGUGACACUCCAGAACGGAUCAUUGCCAAUGCCAAGGUCUUUGAUUUUACGUUAGACGAGGAGGAUAUGUCUGCUCUGGAUGCUCUUGAUCAGGGCCCGGCUGGUGCCAUUGUCCAGGCUGUGGACAAUUAG